GCGCUUGAUAUUGUAGAUAAAACAUCUACAUCGUGGUCCAGCGGUAUUUACGUGGGCGUCGCUAUCAAACAUUGCUGUCAAAACUUAUCACUAUACUGAAAAGUAAAAAUCAAAUAUUCGGGCUUCGGUUUGUUCAUGGUUCACCGGAUGUGCUUUGAUUUAAUUUAUUUUAAAUUUACUAGAUCUUAUUAAAUUAUCACAUUUCACUGCUCAAAAUUACCCAGUAAUUGCAUGAUGAAUGUUUAAAUCAUCCUCUACUUGUACUCGUUUUUCCUCAUAAGGAUCUCUUCUUGUGCACCAAUUUGACAAUAUUUAUAAUACAUAUACACGUAUUCGCGAAGAAAUAUUUCUUAUUUUAAUAAAAGGUAAGUUGAUGGUUUUUUUUUUUUUUAUGAAACUUACCACUCGUAUUGUACUUUCUUGAAAACACGUAAACGUAGUAUAUUAUAGUGGUUAGUAUAUAGUUUAUAUGAUUUUGUGUAUACAGUUAUAUGAGUGUAGUAUUGUAUAUUUUGGUGUUUUAUAUUUACACCUAAGUAUGGUACACCACAUUUUCCUCGUCUGUUUGAUUAUUAUUGGUCUAACUGUAACAAUUGAGAGGUACCUAAUAAUUAUCAAUUUGUAUGUUAGUCAUUCAAUAAACUUGUACUCUUUAAAAUUCUAAGAACUUGGAAAUUUAAAAUUACUUACAUAUUACAAUGAUAUCUAUUUUACAUAUUUAUUUUAUACACAAAUAUUUAACCUUAAUUACCAAACCAAAAUUUAAGUUUUCUGUGCAAAAUUGUUUUAAAUGCAAUUUAGAUGUAAGUAGAUAGGAACUAUUAAAACCAAAAUAUUGUAACUUAUAAAAUAUGAAAUAUUGAUUUAUGUUGCAGAAUUAUUUAUUUAUUAUAAAAUUUAAUGACAAUCCCUUUACUACAAAUUAAGUUACAUUACAGUACAUAAUAGAUAAUUAUAAAAAUAAAAAUGUUUGUUUUAUUUGUGAAAGUACUUGGACUAUUUUUUUUUUUGUAUACACUUUUAAGGACUUAAUAAUACAGAAUUUCAUUUAUUAUUUUUUUUUUUUUUUUUUAUUGGAAACAAAUAUUGACUAGGCUAGAACCAAACUGUAUGUUAUUUAACUUGUCAAAUCCUAAUUAUCAAUUUUUUUUAAUGGCUACCUAUUUUAAAUUUUAAAUUUUCAAAGAUAAUUGUUUAUAGCUAUUAAUUUAAUAUCAAUGUAAUGAUAUUGUAUUAAUUACAUAUAUAAUUAUUUAUGAUUAAAAUUAAAAGAUUCAUCAAAGUCAUAUAAGAAAUGCAUAAUAUUUAUAAUAAAAUAAUAAAGUAAAAACAAAAUUAUUAAAAUGGUUAAUACUCGUAUUUAUGUUAUAUACCUAAUAUUUUAUGUUUAAAUUUUUCUCUUCAAACUCAUCUUGUUUGAAUGCCAAAUUAUUUUAUUAUAAAUUAUUAUUCUUUUAUUAACUAUUUUUUUUCUUAAUCCAGGCUAUUUAGGCUUAUUACCACUUUCAGAAUCUUCCCCCAUUGAUCUUUAUGAUUUGCCUGUUUUUCUCCAUUCAUUACUCUUAAUAAUCUAAUGUUCUUUAUUGGAGUAAUACAUAACAAAAUUAAUAGUACCUUCACUUAGUAUUUUUCGGGAAUUUUAAUUUUAUUUUAUUUUAUUAAUCUCCAUUUGAAAUUAAAAGUAGUUAAUAUUUAAAUUAAUGAAACCGAUAUUUAAGAUAUUUUGUUGAUUUUACUUAAUUUUAUGAGUAAAAUAAAAUGUAUGUAACAUAAACAAUAUGUAUAUAUCAAGAUAUAUACCUAGUAUUUACAAAUUUUUAAAAUGUAAGUUUUAAAAUAUAUCUCUAUAAGCCUAUGAUAAACAAUAAUCACUAUGUAUAUAAAAUAUGUACAAGCACAAAAAAACUCACUUCAAACUACAAAAUCACUUUUAGAAAAAAAAUUUAAAUGAGUCAUUAUUUUUGAACAAUUUAAUACCAGUGUAAUUAGUAUAAAUAAAUUCAUAUUAUGUGAAAAGAUUAAACUAUUUAUUUAUAAAACCUAAAUUAAAUCUAAUUGUUAAUAGUUUUUGAUUAAAUUUAAAUUUAACAAUUGAUAGGUUAGAAUAAUGUUGAGAAUGAGAAUAUUAUUAUUUUAAACUCGAUUUUAGACAUUAUUAAUUUAUGAUCCAUAAUAAUCCAAUCAACACAAUAAGUAAGUAUUGUUUAUGUUGAGAAUGAGAAUAUAAUUGUUUUAAACUCAAUUUUAAACUUUAUUUAUAUAUAGUCCAUAAUAAUACAAUAAGCAAGUGUUAUUAAUGUUGAAAAAUAAGGUCAGUUAGAAGUCACAUUCACCUAACUUGAGUUGAUUUUAUUUUUGUGAUUACAGGUGUCUAGAUCUCCAAUUUAUUUUUAAGUCUUCUACACUUUUAUGAAUAUUAAUUAUUAUUAUAGAGUAUUUUCAGACAUUAACAGUAUUUGGAAUACUAACUUCAACUUUGUUUCGGUUUAUCAAAUUUUUAAAUUAUUACCAAACUAAUUUUAAUUUUAAUGUUUUAUAGAUUUCAACGAUGACAACUACGCUGAAACCUUACCUUUCGGUUGUAAAGCAUUCGUUAGAUGCUGCCAUAUGUAUAACCCAAUUCUACUCGCAAGUGGUAGAGCGACAUAGCAAACCUGAAAUAGAAAUGCAAACCAACAGAGAGCUGAUUUUAACGCCAAUGUUAAUCAGUCGUAACGAACGAGAACGUGUUUUUAUUGAAAGUUCUAUUAAUUCAAUACGUGUGAGUAUAGCAAUUAAACAAUGUGAUGAGAUUGAACGAUUACUGUGCGAUAAAUUCACACGGUUCAUGAUGAAACGAGCGGAAAAUUUUUUCAUAUUGAGAAGAAAACCCAUUGCAGGCUAUGACAUAACGUUUCUAAUCACCAAUGUGCACGUAGAGCAAAUGUACAGGAACAAACUUAUUGAUUUCAUUAUUCGAUUUAUGGAAGAAAUUGAUAAAGAGAUCAGUGAAAUGAAAUUGGCCAUAAAUGCCAGAGCGAGAAUUUGUUCAGAAGAAUUUCUUAAGCAUUUUUAAAAAAAAAAAACAAAAUGCAAAAAAUUAUCGAGUGUGCAUUAUUAUUAUUUGUUUUUUAUUAUAAUAAUUUUUAUAUUGUAAAAUGUUUAAAAGCAAAUUUAUUUAAAGUUAUUAUAAGAUUAAAUAAUUAAAUAUUUCCAUGUACGGUUGAAACAUUGAAAGUAUAUAAAAAAAAAUACCAUCAAGUAUUGAUGAUAAAUUUAAUAGUCAAUUAUUAUAAAAUUCAUUUUUUAUAUAUAUAUAUAUAUGUAUAUACAUACAUAUAUGUGUAUGUAUAUAUAUAUAUAUAUCAUUAUUAGCAUCAUUAUUUCAUUUUUUUUUUCUUAAAUAUUUGUUCUAACAUAUUAUUGUUAUGGUAUGCCAACCAUUUAUUAAUAUUAUUAUACUUAGCCAAAUGUAACAUAAUUUAAUAUUGUCUAUCAAAAUACUUUAAAAUAUUAUUAUAAUCAUAACUAAUUGUAUAAUAUCAACCAUUUGGUUGAAUAGAAUGUGUUAAUUUGACAGAUUAAUAUUAUAAUAUAUGGUAUAAAUUAGCUUAAAACCGAGAUAAAUGUAAAGCAAUCUGUUUGUUCAUCUAUAAAAUUAUAUUUGUAUACAAACCUUUACUACUACAUCAAUGAUGCCCAAUCUUUUAAUUUUUUAUAUAGGUCUCAAAUAAAAAAAAAAAUUAAAUUUUUAUAGUUAUUUUGUACUUUUAGCACUAUGCCAUACUAUAGGUCCAUACCUAUAUAAAAUUAUUUAGAAUUUAAUAUGGAUCUAAAGAUAUCUUUUUCCCCCGUGUUUUGUGUACUGGUUAUCUAUUGAUUUAUUUACGAAGAUAGAAACGUAAACAUUUGUUUCAAUUAAAAAAAUUAGCUACAUACAACAGAUUGGGUAUCAUUCUACUUUACUAAAAAAUACAUUUUAUUAACCUUUGUAAUUAUUCCAAAUAAGCUUAGUAUUAUUUUGUUUAAUACAAUUUAAAUAUUACUUUAAUCCCUAGCCCUGGAAACAUUUUUUUUUUAAUUUUUGAUCAGUGUUAAUUUAUAGAUCUUAAUGAUAAUAUUUACAUUAUUAAUACAAAAUUAUUCUUAGCCUUAAAAAAAUAAAAUAAUUAUUUUACAAAACCAACAAAAAUAAUAUAAUAUUAAUUAUCUGUGUUCAAUUUUAAAAAUAAUAAAAAUAUGUUAUGAUUAAUCUUUAUUCUUCAAGUCUCAUUUUGUAAAAUUAAAAUUGUUAAAUAUUUAAAACUACCUAUCUAGUCUGUGACUUAAUUUAAUAUAUUGGUAUGUUUGGCUUAUGUAGAUUUGUUUUGCAAUAUCAGAGGAGAAGAAACCUUUUAAUGUUGAUACUUCUACUUAAAGAAUAUUACCUGUAUACUUAUAUUAAUAUCAUAACCUAUGUAUAGAACCUACUAUUGCAUUUUUCAUAAAUUUAUUUGAAAAGUAAAUAAAAUAAAUCUAAUCUGAUACAAUUUUUUUUUUUUUUUGUUGCCUGAAUUUUAAUUCAAAACCAUUGACAAUGACUUCAAAUAUAGAUUACCAACCAUAAGAUAUAUAUAUAUAUAUAGUUAUUACUUCAUACAUAAAAUACACAAAUUUUUUGUAUCAUAUAGUUCAUAAUAUAUAUUGUUAAAAUUUGAAAUUUAUGUCCGACAAAAUAUAAUAGGCAAUAAUACAUUAUAUACUGUAGAAUACAACCAUAAGAUUGUGUAGGUAUAUUGGUAUAAUCUAGAUCCUAUAUACCUAAGGGAUUAAUGAGUCCAUACAAUACAGAUAAAAGUUAUUAAAAAAAACCCCUUUAGAUUACAAUUUAUAAGGUAGGUAGGUAUUUUAAAAGAAAAUUAACCAUUUAAAAUUUGAAUUAAACAAACAAUAACCACUCUAAUUAAUUAAUACUAAAAACCACACUUGAUAUUGUGAAAUACGAAAACGGUUUCUUUUUGUGAUAACUACUCAAGGGCUUGUAAAAUAAAUUAUAGGCUUGGUAGGUACCUAUAUAUUAAAUUAAAUAAUGUUUGAUAAGACUUCUGUAGAGUGCAAUAUUGCUAUACGAAAUAAUAUUAUAUAUUAGCUUAGGUAUAACCAUUAUUUAUGUGCCAUAAUCAUUUUAGAUUAGGAGGUACCUAUCUAAUUUUUAAUAGUAGGUAUUAGGUAGAUAGCAUUUUAAUACAGAAUAAUAUACCUACUUACUGUAUUAAAGGUAGGUAGGUACAGUUAAAAGCCGUUAUACUGACUAAUAAAUAAAUAUAUAAAAAUAAAAUAAAUAAAUGAAUCAAUGCGUCGCCUGGAGUAUUAUGAUAAGCGUAUUAUACGACCGGUUUUAAAAUUAAAAAUUUAUCAUCAGGUAUAUCAUAGUCAAAAUGUAAAACGCAACUGAAUAAAAAAAAAUUAAAUGAAGGAAUACAUGGAAAAAAAGACUUCCUAAGAUAAUGAAGACGGAUGCAGCCACUGUUGUAGGUAAUUUAAUGUAUAUCUAUAAGCAACGAUAAACAAUUGCUAGCGAAAAAAACAAUUCUGAGCGCAGUUAAGUUGAUAGUAAUGCUUUGUUAACAAUAUAUAUAUGUCAUACUAUGGUAAAAAAAAUAGACAUUAUAUAUUUCUUUAAUAAUAUUUAUUUACUAUUGUAUCGAUUUUUCCGGUUUUUCACAAUUGCUGGGAAAAAUCCUGAAAAAAAUCGAAAAAUUACCUCCUUAAAAUAUCUUUCUAGUCAGAUUUCCUUUCAGAAAAAGUGCUAUCAUUGAAAAUCGAAGCAAAAUUGCUGGUAGAAAAGUUGUAGACAGAAAAAAAAGGUAUUACUAAUACCUACAUUUCGUACAUUUUCCAUUUUUUGAAAAUAUUAAUCCGGUAUUUCCCAAUUAUUAUGAAAACCAAUUGAAAAAUCACAAAAAUGACCUUCCUAAACCAUGGAGAUAAAAUUUCCUUUCAGAAAAUAAACUAGGUACACUUGAAACAUGGGAGCAAGAUUUCUGGUAGAAAAGUUUGCACAACAAAUCGAGAGGUGUACUUUUCGAUUAAAAUCGUUUGAGCAAGCGAUAAUUAGCCAUCUAGGUAUACUUAAAAUGCAUUUGUUUUUCCCCUAUUUAGGUAAAAAGGGAAAAAAUGUUUUUUCAAACUUUGUCUAUUUGAACCUCUAAAUAAAAUGAACGAGUCAUCAACAUAUCUAUAAUAUGUUUUUAUAUAUGGACUGUUUAUUUUGUUGUUAAUAAUAUUAUUGGCUUCAUAAUUUUAUAUGUAACUAAAUUUCAGAUAAAAAAGCAUUUAAAGGACCACCCAUAACUUAUUGCUAAAAUUCUGUACAAUAAUAAAAAUAAUGUAAAAAUCGCUUUUGAGACUAAUAAUAAUUUAAUCGAACAUCAAAACUAUAGAAAAAUAAACAACUAAAAACUUCACAAAAAAUCCCCCUUCUUUUGAAAAUACUAGUAUAUUUAAACUGUAAUCAAUUUUAUAUAGGUAAGACAGAUAGAAAUUUUAAAAUAAGAUAUAAAGAACACAUUUCAAAAAGAAAAUUUAAAAAGACUACCCCUAAUUCAAAUUUCGCUAAACAUGUUUUGGAAAAUAACCAUAAUAUAAGUUUUAAUAUUAAUACAAACUUAGAAAUAUUAAAUACCCAAAAUAAUAUUUACAUUAAUUCAGUUUUAGAAG